CCGGCCUGAGGGUUGAAAGCAGAAGCCAAAAAGGAGAAGAAUCGUAGUCGGAAACCAAUCAAUCAGCGAUGAAGCCGGUGGUGGGGACGGUGGUGUCCAACAAAAUGCAGAAAUCCGUGGUUGUGGCGGUGGACCGUCUCUUCCACCACAAGCUCUACAACCGCUACGUCAAGCGCACCUCCAAAUUCAUGGCGCACGACGAGCAAAAUAACUGCAACAUCGGCGAUCGCGUGAGGUUGGAUCCUUCGCGGCCGCUCAGCAAGCGGAAGCAUUGGACUGUUGCUGAAAUCCUUAAGAAAGCUAGGAUAUACGUGGCGCCAGCUGUCAAAAAGGAUGCUUCAGCUCCAGCUGAUUCGAGCAGCAAGACAUCGUGAGAUCCUCUCACCCCAAAUUCAAUCGAAGAUAAAUCAGCACUUUGCAGUGCGUCCAGACAGAUUUCGGUUUUGGCAUUGGUGUUGUGCAGCCAGCCAGUUACUAAGGCUACCUUUCUAUUUAUAUUUAGGACAUCUGUCACUGUGAAUCCUUCAAAAAUUCUUUUAAGCAGUUUUCACUUUUGAGCUUUCC